CCUCCACCUUUGUGCAUGUGUGUGGCUAUACCGCCGACAAUUCUACUAUUUCAUCCGCUCACAAAUUCCAAACUAGUUUUCAUAAUUUCUGAAUUUCCUCAUAAUUUUAACCUUGUCUUCAGAUGUACCCACGACCACCACAGUGUUGUUCAAGCAGUGUGUUCAUUAGUAAUUUGUAAUAUAAUAGUACUCAUUUGUUAUUUUUGGUAACGCUCAUUUUCCGUCCAUCGGAAUUAUCUAUAACAAUGCAACAACAGUACUCGUCCCCACAAAGGUUGGAGCAUACUUAUAUUCGCCAACCGCCAGGACACAUGAUGUCCUCGCCGUCUUCAGCUUCCGUCGGGAAUAUGUCGCUAUCCCCCAUGCAGAUGCAAUCCGGUGGAACGCCAGACCAAGACGUUAUUGACCAUGCUGCCAGAACGUUGGACAAGUUGAUGAAUAAAGACCUACAGUUGCCCUCACUGUAUAAAAGUCUUACACAGGUUGCUGAUCCAAAUAGUGUGAUAUCAGGAAAUCGACCUGUUAGUGGAUUCAUGGAUUAUGAUUAUCCACCUUAUCCUCAGCGGAAUGUAAUUACAGAUCAGCAAUUCACAGUAACGUACAACACACCGAUACCAAGUGACCUAAAUGAAAUGCUUAAUCAAGCUGACGUACAGUACUGCCAUAUGGGCCUUUUCCCUGAGAUAUAUAGAGCUUGGAUGACCAUUGAUAGCGAUAUUUACCUUUGGGACUUUCGUGAUGGGACUGAUUUGUCAUUUUUUGAUGGACUCAAGGAACCCAUAAUAACCAUGUCUCUUGUUCCUGUUAAACGCCAAAUUUUUCAAAAUUCCAUUAAGCACCUUUUAUGUGUAACGACUGCUUCGGAAAUCGUUAUUCUUGGAUUUAUUCUCUCUGACCACGCUUCAUCAAACUCUAGUUCUCCAGUGAUAGAAUUGGUACCUCAACCUAUAUUUGUCGUCCCGACGGAAGGGAUAACAUUCAAUGUAAUUCAUGGCACAAAAAACGGUCGUAUAUUUCUGGGAGGCAAUGAUGGAUCAAUCCACGAAAUAAAUUACAAGUCUGAGAAAGGAUGGAUGACGGAUAGGUGUUGGAAAACCAAUCUUACGCGGUCAUACCUCACAACAAUUUUUAAAUUUAUGUCGUCUUCCACUACAACCGAUCCUGUUAAGCAAAUAGUAUCUGAUGAUUCACGUAAUUUAUUGUACACUCUGAAUCAAUCUGGAUGUCUUCAAGUAUAUGACUUGGGCCAUGACGGGACUGGAUUUUCACGCUUUGGUUAUAUUACAUUUGAAGGAGUUGUAAACGAAGUGGUAAACUUGUCUAAAAAGACGUUGGAAAGUAACAUCGUCAAAAGUAUUCUGACAAUUGCACCUGUUACAACUGGAGAACUGAAUUUAAUUGUGGUGCUGGAUAACGGCACUCGAUUGUAUUUUUCAUGCUACAAUCCACCCACGGGAAACAUUCAGGCUCCAAACUAUUUCCACUUGGUGCAUGUAAGAAUGCCACCAGGUUAUUGUACCGCCACAGUUAUGCCUAAACCAAGUGUAUCCCACACAGCUUUUGCUACACCAGGUUUGCUCACUCUCGCGUCAAGAACCGCCCAAGACAAUGACAGCUUUUGGAUGAUAUCCCCUUUCAUGUAUCCAGUGAGUUGUUUGUCGGAAGUUUUCACCAUUCAAAAAUUACCAGGACAAACAUUGGAUAUCAAAUUGAUUCCUUCAUCCAACUUAUCCGGAAGCUCCGGAUUUGAACAUCUUCCCGAUGUUAUUACUCAACACCUAAAUUGGCACCGAGAAAUUGUGGUCCUCACAUCUGUUGGAACGUGUGUUUUAAGGGCUCACAAACCAUAUGAAAUGUUGAAGAAUUUAUUAAUCCAAUCUGGAAAUACCGAUAACUUACGGAGUCAUUUUGAAUCUGGGGUUUCUAAAGAACAACCUCUUGCGAAUGCUGCUCUCCUUGCUGUUCAUCCAGUCACCCGAUCAGAACCGAACAUAUUAGAAAUGGCAAUGAAAGCCUUCUUUUUGUAUGGAACUGAAGGGCGACAGUGGGGAGAUGGACGAAUUAACAGUCCUUUUGACAACACAAUGGACUUUAAUCCUAAUCUGGUAUCGACUCCAAGGCAGGAAACUAUUGGAGGCCAAGGUCAAAACAUGCAUAGUAUGUCUAAUGUUGGUGGUGGCGUCGAGUCUGGCUAUAUGAGCCCUCCCUUAGCUGGUGGUGGUGGUGGUCAACAGCAAUACGGACUCCAAUCACCAUACUCCCUAACAGGACCUUCUGGAGAACUCCUGUUUUCCCCUCGACAUGAUGCCAUUUACUUAGUUGUCGGUCGGGUAUUGUUCCACUUUUGGAAUCGAACUCUUGUAAAUUCUGGAACUGCUGAUGGAACGGGAACACCGCCAAUUAUAACCCCAAAUAUUCACAGCCAUGAAGUUACACAAGCUAUUACGUUUCUUCAAAAUAUUAUUACUUUCAUCAACAAUAAUCCUUCAUUGUACAUGAGCAGAGUCAAUUUAUCUUCAGGAAUGCAUAACAUCAACUCAGUGGAAAGUCGCCAGCUGUAUUCACAGGAAAUGGAGAAAAAUUCCAUAAUUGCACUGAGAGAGUUUUUGAGUUUGUCCUUGGAAGUUUUGAACAUGUGGAAAAUUUUAUGUGAUCAUCAAUUUCAUAUUGUACUUCAUGGAGUGGAUAAUCAGCUUCAAAAUUCAACUAUGCGUGACCUUGUCAUUACUGGGCAUGCAACUGUGUCUGUGAUUAUAAACGCACUGAUUUCUAAAUAUUUAGGGGACAAUGCUGCAGUGGAUGCCAUAAGUAUGAGACUUCGCGAAGUGUGUCCAACUCUGUUUAAAAGUGAAGAUGCGAUAGGAUCAAAAGUUGCAGAAAUUCUCGCCAAAGUCAAAAACUCGACAAAUUCUGAAGAAAGGGAAAUAUUGUUAAAGGAAUCACUCGUUUUAUCUGAAAAAAUUUGCGGGCAUGGUCGCGUUAAUAUCAGAAACCUCUGCAAACAAUAUUCAGACCUGGGAUUUCCCGUUGGAGCUGUUAGACUGUGCGUUUCAGCUGCAGCAGCUGCAGAUCCAGAAAAACUUGGUUUAGAUACCAUCAGAACAAACGCUGGGAUGGGCGAUUCGAUUGGAAUGCAAGCUUACCAGACUCGUGCUGAGAUAUAUAGGAUUGUGUUUGAUUUGCUCGAUAAUUAUGUCCAGUUGGCUUCCACUAACCAGUCGCCGUUAUUACGAAGUGUUGAAGAUAGAAUUUCUCCUCAAACUGCACAGUUAUGUGCUGAAGAAACAAUUCACGCAAUUCUUUCAUCUGAUGACGAAGUGUUUCAUAUUUCACUGUACAAUUGGCUGCUCGAGAAGAAACAAUUUGACAGAUUGUUGGAGAUCAAACAUCCUUAUUUGGAUUCAUUCCUCCAACGUGCUGCGGAUGCAGUUGUCUCUGGAAAAUGGACAGCAGGUGGAAUAUCUGCCAACGAUACUCGUGUGUUGGAUCUCUUGUGGAGACAUCAUGAAAUGAAUCAAAACCAUUCCGCUGCUGCCCAAAUUUUGUCAAAAUUAGCCGAAUCUACUACAACUGGGUUAAAUCUUCAGCAACGUUUGGAGUAUAUGUCGAGAGCGAUUAUUUGUUCGAAAAGUUGUUCUCGACGUGGUGAUUUAUUAGAAACUUUGGAAGACAAAGUAGAAGUAGCGCAAAUCCAAAAGAACAUUCUAGACGGAAUUACUUCCAAGAUUUCAAGAUUGUUAAGAGUUCCAGGAUCAGAAAAUGAUUCUGAACUCAAACUCUUACAAGAUGCAGCCACUAAGCUGAAUUCACAACUCCUCAGCAUUACUCAACUGUAUGCUGGAUUUGCGCAUCCUUUGAAAUUAAACGACGCCAAGCUCGAAAUAUUUUACGCUGCGGGUCAAGGUGAUAAGCAAACUAUUGAGGCUGUGUGGUCUGAAAUAAUUGAAGAAGAAUUGGCAACUAGUGCACAACGUUCGACUGAAUCCCAAAUGGAAAUAAUUCGUCGUAAAAUUGUUAUACUGGGGAAAAAAUAUAAAACUUCUCCCACAUUCUUUCCCAUUGACUUUUUAAUCGAGCACCUAGAAGCUAUGAAACCCCAAGAUUCAGAAAAUGUCACUUGGGUGUUCAAGACCAUGCUAGAAGUGGGAAUCAGCUUUCCAGAAGUCUUAAUAAUUUACGAAAGGUUGUGGAUCAAAUAUAUAAAUCGAUCCGGUGCAGCGGGUGGAGACUGUCACACUGCUAAGGUUAUCAUGUUUAUGAUUGAUUCCCUAGCCAAGCAGGAGUUGGAUAUCCGAACCACAUUUUUAAAUAGGCCUGAUCUCUUGGAAAAAUGUAAAGAUUUAAUAUCAGCAAUGAUCGUGGAAUUUUCUUCACGAUUCGACCCAUCCUCAGCCGAAAUGACAAGAAUGUUAAACCGCGUACGUGAACGCCUGGAUAGAGUUAUUUAAUUUAUUUAUGAAGUUAUAAGAAUAAUGAAAUGAGAUGUCAAAUAUUUAACUUUCAUUUUUUGUCUGAUUGUGGUCCGACUUAUGUACAUAUUGCUUGUGAUUAACCAUUAUAAAAGACUACCAUAAGGGAAUUUUAUUAUGUCGUUCUGAGCGAUUUUUUCUAUAUUAAUAAUACGGCAAAUAGUUGACCACACAAAAUAAAUAAGUCAAUGGGCAGUGUUAUACCCGAA